UUCGUAAUUUUAUCCGACUCUAAGUACAUCAUUUUAUCUAGCACUGCGGAUUUCCAUAUUUAGGUUCUCGCUACACCCAUUGCAUUAUUAUUCGUGAUUUUGUAGUGAGUGGAAGAUUGUGCGCGUAGAAAAGUUUCUCCAUUUCCGGCCAUCUGCAGAAGCUAUCCCUGUUCUAGAUGAUUUAACAAAGUUCUAUUUUGGAUUUGGGUUGACGCAACAAGAAAUAAAAGCCUUGCUGAAACUUCGACACGGCUUUGAAAUUAGUGAAGGACAUUUCAAACGUCUUUUGAAAAAAAAUAACUUACGAAGAAGAAAACCUUAUUCUGUCCCCACUGAAGUAAUACGGUUUAUCAGGAAUCAUUUACAAACAAGCUCCCAAUUACAUGGAUAUAGAUGGAUGCACCUAAAGUGUCUUCAGCAUGGUCUAGUGGUUCGGCGAAGUACCGUAAGACUUUUGUUAAAGGAACUAGAUCCAGAAGGAGUUUCCUUGCGCAGUAGACGUCGGCUAAAACGGAGACAAUAUUUUAACAAAGGGCCAAAUUACUUGUGGCAUAUUGAUGGUUAUGAUAAACUAAAACCAUAUGGUAUUGCCAUAAAUGGAUGUAUUGAUGGAUAUUCUCGUCAUAUUAUCUGGUUGAAAGCUUGUUAUACUAACAAUAAUCCUCGGAUUAUAUCUGCAUUUUUUGUGUCUUCCAUCGAAACAUGUGGAGGAUGCCCACGAAGUAUACCUACCGACAUGGGGACUGAAAAUAGUCACAUUGCGCAUAUGCAAACUUUUUUAAGAAGCAGAUUUUUUAUAAAUCAGAAUUCGUUACCGGCAUUUAUUUAUGGAACAAGUCAGCACAAUCAACGAAUAGAAUCCUUUUGGUCUAUAUUGCGAAGGGAAAAUGCACAAUACUGGAUGAAUCUCUUCGAGUCUCUUAAAGAUGAAAACUAUUUCAAUGGAACGUUGGUUGAUAAAAGUUUAAUUCAGUUUUGUUUUCUUCAUUUAAUUCAGAUGGAGCUGGAUGAAGUGUGUCUUGUAUGGAACAGUCAUCGAAUAACGACAAAUCGAGGAAGUAGGACAUCUGGUGGCAAACCCAUUAUAAGGUAUAAUUUGCCAGAAUUAUUUGGAACAAAAGAUUAUAGUGUCAAAAUAUCAGAAGAAGAAUUAGAUUUAUUCAAAGAACAGGCCAUGUUUUUAGAAGAGCGUACCUGUUGUGACGAAAAUGGAUAUAAAUUAUGUAAAAUUUUGAUGAUCGAAAAUAAUUAUGAAAACCCACAAACCGUUGAUGAAGCUUUGACUUUAUAUAAAUAUAUUAGAAGUAAGACCUAUGAAUUAUUGGAGUAA